AUGCCUGCUGCGCUCGAGUCAUGUCUGAACGGGGUGAUGUCUGACCCAGAGGAGCCGGAGCCGGUGGAGCAGCCGGGCCCGGCUAGGUUGGGGAAGGUUCCUAGAGACGUAGUGAGAGGCUUCCCCCACACCAAACGCGUGGGCAGCUACCUGGUGGGUAAGAUGAUCAACAAGGGCUCUUUUGCCAAGGUUAUGGAGGGCAUGCACAUUGGCACAGGAGAGAAGGUGGCCAUCAAAGUGAUUGAUAAGAAGAAGGCGAGGCAGGACUCCUACGUCCUGAAAAACAUGAAGCGGGAACCGCGCAUCCAGCAGCUGAUUGUGCACCCCAACGUGGUGCGGCUGCUGGAGACUCUGGAGACGGAGCACUGCUACUAUAUGGCCCUGGAGCUGUGCGCGGGCGGAGACCUGAUGGAGCGCAUCUGUGAGCGCAAGCGUCUGCAUGAGAGGGAGGUCCGCCGAUACACACGCCACAUCCUCUCCGCCGUACACCACCUCCAUGCACACGGCAUAGUGCACAGGGACUUGAAGAUUGAGAAUUUCCUCCUGGACGAACACAACAAUAUUAAGAUUGUUGACUUUGGCCUGAGUAACACUCUGAAGACAGACUCUCUUUCCGCGGAGCUCCUGAACACACAGUGCGGAAGUCCAGCAUACGCUGCCCCGGAGCUACUCGCACACAGGAAAUACGGCACCAAAGUGGACGUGUGGUCUGUGGGAGUGAGUGUUUUUGCUAUGCUGACUGGUACACUGCCCUUCACAGUGGAGCCCUUCAACAUAAAGCAACUUCAUCAAAAAAUGGUCAGUGGAGAGAUCAAUGCUAUCCCAUCUGACAUCAGUACAGGAGCCGUACAGUUUGUUCUGUCUCUGUUGGAGCCAGACCCAGCCAAGAGGCCCAGUGUGAAAGCAGCAAUGGCAGAUAAGUGGCUAAGUGAAGGUUACGUCAGGAGACCCCUGCACACAGUGGCUUAUAAAAGCAGACUGCAUCCUGAAGAGCUCAACUCCUGUGUAUUAGAGCACAUGGCUGAGUCUCUGGGCUACAGCAUCUCAGAUAUCAUUCACACAGUCAUCAUUAACAAGCCUUCAGCUAUCUUAGCUACCUACCAACUACUACUGAAAACAGUGACCCGGCGAACAAAAGGAGCCAAGAUCGCGAAGAGUGAAACUACGAAUGACAGGAGCCAGAGACAGUCCAGUAAGACCCAGAGAAGCCAAUCACGGGACAGAGAUUCCCUGACUGGUAGGAGAAGGCUAGAGGAUACCGAUACCAUCAGACAUAAGCAGCCGAGUUCAGAGCAGAGAGCAGUUUCACCAUCCACUCUGCCUGUCUUCACAAAUGAUGACAUCGCAAUCACCAUGGAGACAAAAGAAGCACUGUUUCCAGAAGUCUCUAUGUUUGGUGAGAGGGCGCUGGCCCCACCCACCAAAUGCUCCUGCAGAGACGGAAGUGCCUCAAAGCUCUGUGGCUCCUCCCCCUGUGAUGCUCCAAUACCUGUGGAAAACAAAAAAGAGCUCCAGCCCACCAGACCUUCAUCCAAAACACGCAACUUGAUCCACUCACACUUUGAGGACCAUAUAGGGGAGGAGUCUGCGCAAUGCCAUGACAACAAACCAGAGAAGCUGCAGAAAUUCUAUGCAGACAAAGGUGUGUCACCUAGAACGCACCUUGAGUGCAGAGCUGGGCACCAAUUCAAGGACCUCCUAUCAGCCAUUGAAGAAAAGUCACACACAAGCCGCCACCUAAGCGCCAUGGAAACCACAGCGCAAACCUCUCCGUUACCACACUUAUGUCACGGAACUCUCGGAAAUAUCUCGCCACGGAAAGUGACGUGGGUGGGGCUUAAGCAUCACAGUGGGGCAGACGCAGGGUCCUCCCCCUUCUUGGUGAAUGGUUCUAAACCACCGGUGUUUUCAUCUCCGAGGCAGCAGGCUUUGCUUAUCGAGAGUCUCAGAUACGCAAAGGAAAAGAGGAUAGCCGAGGCAGCACAAGACAGGGCCGCCGGUAUCCCAGGCGACCCAGCAAAACGGAACCUGGUGCAGCUCAGGACCUCCACGCAGCGCAGAGACACGAAGCUCAACCUGCCCAUGCUUCCCACCACAGUCCAUCACAAGCCUGACAAGAAAACGGAGAUGCGCAGGAUGGACUUUGCCUGAGAGACAUAUGGGACAGAGGGAGACAUUGAGAGGGGCUUCACUGAAACGGGAGUCCAUCCCAACUCCAGUGACCGGAAUUUGUUUGGAGCUUGUUUGUAAAUGUGUGUGUUGGUGGACUUUGGGGCUUCCGAGUGAAAUAUUCU